ACACCAAAAAAAAAAAACAAUAUUACGUGCUAAUGGUGGUCGUACAGUGUCACACAUACUACUCAUUCUCUUCCUCUCGUCAUUAAGAGACUGCGGUAAUGUUGAGAUAAAUCUCAAUUGGGGUGAGAUGCGAUCGUUACGAGUUAUCUAUCUCUACAACGCGCAGUUAGUGCAUUGCAGUCAGAUGUUUUACCGAUGUCGAAGCAGUUCGUGUGCAAGUGACGAUUUCCUGCGCCAUUGCAAGGACCAUUUAGCAACUCUUGCAGCUGUUCGGUGUGUUUAGCCCAUCCAGAUUGACCUUGCGCCCUUGCUUUACGACAGGAUUAGUUCCAAAAAGUGCAGAAAUAUAAUUUGUAGUGUGUACCUAGCAAAUGUAUCAGUAACGAUCGCAACACGAGUAAAGUUCGUGUAUUGUCCAAUUGAACGAGAUAUGAGAAACAAAACGAAGAAAAAUAUCCCAAUGCACAGCAGACAAAGCGAGAACUAUUCUAUUCAUCUAAAAAUACCGUUUGGCAGUGAAUUUGUUUAAAAAAGCAAGGGCACAGAUCAUCAACAGAGCAGCAGCAGUAGCUGGGCUACACGCCCAACAUUACAUUCUGCGAUUUGCUAAGUACGUAUACACUGUGCAGACGAAGAAGACCGCGCAAAGAUCGUACACGAUCACGCUCGAUCACCAGCGACGCGUCAGAGUAGAGAAGAAACAGCAACGAAAAACUCACAGAAACAGAAAAUAGCAAAACAUGGACAAACCGUCGCGUCCGGUGCGAAAUCGUAAGCGCAGUAGGUUCGUGACGAAUUUCUUGCGUGUGACCAUGUGGAAAGCAUGGCCUCCGGGAGAUAGUCACCGACCGGUGAAACGAUUAUUUACGCCGGAAAUUAAGCGUAUGCUCAAGGACUGGUUGGUACGACGCCGGGAGAACCCAUACCCAAACCGAGAUGAAAAGAAGCUGCUUGCCAGUGAGACGGGUUUAACGUACACGCAAAUUUGCAACUGGUUUGCGAACUGGAGACGAAAGCUCAAGAACUCAGGCAAUGAUCCGAUCCGCAAAACGUGGGGUAAUCUGAUAAAGCAUUACAACACCAACGCUCGUGGAAAUGUGGAGCAGUUCAGCAUCUGCUCAAAUGAUAGCAUUUGGGGCGAGAACGGGGAAGACUCGCAAGGUUCCCGUACAUCUUCAUCGGGCGAACAGCCUUACCAGCCUCACCAUCAUCACCAUCAUCACCAUCAUCGCAAUCAUUACCGGCAGAAUCAGCAGCAAUCGCAAGGCAGUCCUUCCGGCGCGAAAUAUGGACAGAGGAAUGGUGGAAAACCGUACCAAGCGUACACGGAUACAGGUGGUAGAGGUGGCGAUAAUAACAAUAGUGAUUCGUGCCGGAACAAUAAUGUAGACUGCAGGACGUAUCCCGAUUACUUGAGAGUACUGCCAGAGUACGGCAGCGCUGAAGAUUGUCCGAAUAACGAAGACUUGCGAGAUAGCUAUCCACCGACAGCGUUUCGAAUCGAUCAUUGCUACACUCCUCGAAACUACGAGACCGUCUUUGGCAUACCGGAAGAAACGAGAUGUUACAAGGUCACACAAUUCGAUGGAAGCUACGAUCCGGAAAGUGGGGCAACACUUGAGCCACUUAUUCUAACUGCCACACCUGCCCACUAUGGUCAUCCUUUCGCGACGAAGGAAGUUCCCAGUGGCGGUACACUAUACCUCACCCCAACAACUACCCUUUCUGCUGCGGUCACCCCACCAAUCAGUGGUAGAUCACGAUCGAGCAAAUACAAGAGCAGCAUCAUGGAGAAAUAUCUCCGAGAUCUAGGCGAACUGGAACCAACGGAUGAACCAGCGGAUGGGUCUGCUACCAUGAUGCCGGUUUUAAUGGCGGCCAUACCCUUUCAACAGAAACACUGUGGUCACGCGCGUAGCCACGAAAUUCAGCUACAAGCGCAACCUACGAUGCCCUAUGACACGGCUGUAUUGCGAGGGCCACCUUCAUUAUCAAAGUGGCUGGAAAGUGCUGCCAAGUUUACACCGUCCAAACACAACUACAUCGAUUGGGAAUGCUCUGGAAAACAAUCGUCAACGAAGAAACGGUGUAAUUCUGGCAGCAAUUACUACGGCAUUGCUGAUAGUGGUGAUGAUAACGGUUGUACGUAUGGUAGACAAUUUUACAACGAGCCAGUGUCAACGGUUGGCACGCUCGAACACCAAAAGGACGAACUCGAUGCAGCGGAAGCGCUAACGAGGCUAGCAAACAAUUUUCGAACGAAAUUUUCCACCUAGCCAACACGGGCCAUUAACCAACGUGGAAAGUAUAAUUUAUAUCAGCGCAUUCCUUAACUUAUGCAGCAGCUGUAGCAAGUAAAAUGUGGCACGUGUUCGAACAAUAAAAGGUGAUAGCGAAUGCUAGCAAAGCAUGCUAAUUUCA